AAAGCAAAAUUAUAAGAAAUGGUAGUGUGCGUAUUGUGAGGCAUAAAUAUCGCGUGUUGGCACGCCCGAAGAAAAAACAUGUUUUUAAACCUACCGACCUUCGUUAAAUUAACGUCUGUUAAUUUAUAACUGCAUAACUUUAUGGGAAACGCUCAUGACGCCAUUUGUUUGCUGCUUUAGUGACCUUUACACUGAAAAUGUCAGUGCCAGGCUUUUAACCGAGCAUGGUACAGGGCAGGUAUGUGUGUGCACGCAGUGUUAUUUUGUCCUCUAAGAUAAACAUGAGAGCCCACUUGAGUGAUAUCAUUUUUCUCUGUGGAUUUUUUCUUAUUUGCUCAUCUGAAGUAACAGGUCAAACAUGCAGGGGGAAGUGUGGAGAUGUAUUGGAGGAAUGCUCCUGCCAUGCAACCUGUGUGUCUUUGCUGACCUGCUGUGCAGACUACAACCAGUCAUGUUUCCAGGUGACGCCUCACUCCAGCUCCAUGCUGGGCGGAAGAGCUGUCAGGAUCCUCAACGUGGUCCUUCAGCCUGGUGGGCGCCUUCUCUGCAGAUUCAAAGGUGAGAUUGAACGAGAGGGAUUUAUUGACGCCGACGGCCAUGGCUACUGUAUCUCUCCUCUCCUGUACGAGAUGGGGUGGAUACCAUUUACUGUCUCAACAGAUGGAAUACAUUUUGACAGAUCUGGAGAGUACUUGUCAGUUAACCCCAGUAAAGCGGAGCAUGACUCCAAAGUCAUCCUGGUGAAUACAACGCAGUGGCUGAACUACGGUACACCAAACAUGGCAGGACGGCUUCAGAUGACAUGGAACAGCUCUUUGAUCGGCGCUGAGAAGGUCAACAUAGAGCUGUGGGGUUACAGAGAGUUCAGCAGGAGCACAGAGGCGACCGGAUCAUCCUCUCUGCAGGCCGAGCUGAGCUAUCUGUACUCUCUCGGGAGGAGUCUGUCCAACACGGGGGCCUUCAGCUUCAUUCCAGAGCCCUCGAAGGACUUCUCUGGCUGGGUGUUGGGGAAUAUCCGCAUCACUGCCAGUUCUGAGUUGGAUGGAGCAAGGGAUGUGCAGGCGCUCUGGAGUGGAGGUCAUAUCUUAGCCUGGCACCUGGAGCAGGCUUUCAGAGACGACUCUGCCGCCUGGGCCGAGAGCAAGUGUCUGCAGUGGGACGUCCUGGAGACGACGCUGCCCAACUUCCUGGAUGAGCUCAUUGACUGUCCUUGCACUUUGGCACAGGCCCGAGCAGACACAGGCAGGUUUCAUACUGACUAUAGUUGUGACAUUGAGAGGGGCAGUGUGUGCACUUAUCACCCAGGUAGUGUCCACUGCGUCAGAGCAAUUCAGGCCAGCCCUACAUAUGGAUCGGGGCAGCAGUGUUGCUAUGACAGCGCAGGCGCUCUGGUCCUGACAGCAGACUCAUCUGGUGGCAGCACACCAGACAGGGCUCACGACUGGGGAUCGCCUCCAUACAGGGAGCCACCACGGGUGCCGGGGUACUCCCACUGGCUUUAUGAUGUCAUGAGUUUCUACUACUGCUGUCUUUGGUCUGACCACUGCCAAGUCUACCUAAACCAUCGACCUUCUAGCGGGUGUCGCAACUACCAGCCCCCAAGAGCUGGUGUCGUCCUUGGGGAUCCACAUUUCAUAACGUUCGACGGCCUAAGCUACACUUUCAACGGCAAAGGAGAGUACUACCUCGUGUCUUCUCCAGACAGAGAGCUGAGUAUUCAGGCCAGAACAGAACAGGUGAAACUUGAGAACGGUACCUUGGCCAGAGCCACAUGGCUGUCAUCUGUGGCUAUGAAGGAGAAGACCUCUGAUGUCAUCGAGGUGCGUCUAGCAGAAGGCCAUCUCCAGGUGCUGAGGAAUCAGAAGGUGCUACCUUUCACUGAGCAAAGAUGGAUGGAUCUACACGGAUUAUUCGUGUUCGCCCCCAGUCCUCAGAAUGUCACUGUAAUCUUCCUCUCUGGCGUUGGCGUGGAGGUUCGUGUGCAUGAGGGAGCCAUGGCGGCGACAGUGCUGCUUCCAACAGAAUUUACCAACCACACGCAGGGUCUCCUCGGUCUGAUGAACUCUGACCCAUCAGACGACCUGCAGACCAAGCUAGGAGAGGUCAUCUCCCCAGGCGACGCCACGCCGGAGGAAAUCUUCACCUUUGGAGCUGGCUGGAACAUUUCAAAGAAGUCUUCCCUUUUCACAUACGACUCAAAGUACCUUUUGGAGACCUACUAUUUCCCACCGAGCCACGAUCCUGCUUUUGUUCCUGUCUUUUCGCUACCUGAGACACCUGACGACCCUCUGGUGGGAGACAUGUUGACGAUGUGCUUUGGGGAAGGAGCAGCAUUCUGUAAAUAUGAUACCCUGACCACUCGGAGCCUCACGAUGGGAAACGCCACACUCAGGGCCUACCAAAGUCAUCAGGCCCAAAUGAAAGCCCUGGAGCCAGUGGUGUCUUGUGGCUGGCUUCAGACACCAAGGAAUGGGAAAAAGAGUGGGACACAUUACCUAGAAGGGAACACUCUGAGCUUCACCUGCAGUACAGGCUAUACACUGUACGGUUCAACGGAGCGCACUUGCCUGGACGAUGGGACAUGGACAGGAGAGACACCCUACUGUGUAACAGAUGAUAAGGUGGGGUUUAUACUUGGUGCUGUUGGUUCCCUGUCAGCACUGGUCACAAUGGGAAUAAUGAUCCACCGGCACAACAGGAAACAAAACAGAGAGAAAAAAGAAGACCAGAUGAUGACUCAAGAACAACCUUGCUAAACCAUCAAAGUUCUUCCGGAUUAUGGAUUACACCGCUCCACAUCGAAACCUGCAACUAUGUGGCCUAUGGCAACAAAUGUGUUUAGAGCUCAGCAUUUGGAAACCCCGUGCAGUUGUGUUGUUUGUUAGGACAGUGGUCUUCUCUUGACCUGUUGACCCUGUCAGGAAAAAACCUCAGGCGCUAGUUAGGCUUUCAGCGUGUUGUUUAGCCUCAUGUUUUCCCUCUUGUUUAGUUUGGAAAACCUCCAGGUCAUGGUAAAUGGAGCGUGGGGGUGAGGAUUGAGGGUACUGAGGUAAAGGGAAAAAUGCUGGUGAUUGUUUUUAUAUUCCCGUUUUUGCAUGACUGAACGUCCGAUCUUCGCUAGAGAGAAAACUGUAUAAAUACUACACAGAGAUAUCAUCAUCACAAUCAACGCUCCCUUCUCCUGUUCAUUUUAAAAUAGGACCAGAUGUGUUCAUGUUCGUGUCACAUGUGAAGUGAACCUGAUCAUUUUAUUUUGGUUGAGAGACUUUGAACUGGUGUGCAGCCUUUGUGUGGGCUCAGAGCCUUCAGUCAAACGAAGGGUUUUGCUGAGUGACUGAGAAAGAUACUCCACAAAUGUUACACAGAGGUCACCUUUUUGCACAAUGUCAACACCCUCUGAGGGUUGUUUUUAUACUUUUGCAUAUUUGAAGACAGAUUAAACGCACAUGCUUUCAUUAAAAUCAAGAAAUGAUAUUGCAUUGCCUUGUUUUUAACAAACUGGCUGUUUAUCCAGCGGCGUGUUGUCUUUGUGAAUGUUUGCUGCUCAGAAAUAAAGAAUCAACCCCUCUUCAACCA